AUGGCUCAUACCGUGAGCAAGGCACCGCUGUUCUGCUGCCUACCAGGCGAAGCAAAGAUCGCGGAUGGAAUUGAUGAGAAGCUUGGUGAUGUCGACAAAGCAAAGCCAUGGUAUCCUUCCGCCAAGAUCAGAGUCAAGUUCAUCGAACCAACGAUAGACGACGAGGUCUGCGAGAUGGUGGUAAAUGCCUCCAAAGAAUGGACGAAACAGUUAACAGACAAGAAAUUCCCCAGCUUCGAUUGGGUUUCCAAGGAGUCAGAGGCUGACAUUCGCAUAUCGUUUGACCCGAGUAUACCAAGCUGGAGCGCGAUUGGCACACAAGCCCAAAAGUACGACAAGUCUAAAGCUACCAUGAACAUUUGUCUAGGAGGUUGGGGCUCGAAGAUUGUUUGGACCCGGCAGCAAGUUGCGAGAGUAACAGCACAUAUGUUCGGCCAUGCUCUUGGUUUACCUCACGCCAAGCUACCUUCAGCCUGGUCCAGUCAAUGGGAUCUAGCACAAGUGGAGAAGGAUUGCGGCAAACCCCUAGCGACAAUCAUAGGGAAGGCGCAAGGUCUCCCCGAUCUCUCCAACGACAAAUCAAUCAUGUUAUUUGAUCGACCAUCUGCUUGGUCCAUUCUCAAGCUCGACGAGCUGAAGGGGGGCUCUGUCAUCGAUGAUCAAAGUCUGUUGUAUCUGAAAGACAUGCAUGGACACCCACCACCGGAUCCAUAUCAACUGUUGUUACCCGUUUUCACGCCAAAGAAGGUCCAGCCUCAGGAUACCUGGACUACUUUUACUGCACAAAAACGCGUUCAAGCCCCAGUUACGGCACAAGCAAAUGUCACGUUGGCAUUGCGCAGAUUGUCACUAGAGAGCAUGAGAAUCAAGACGCCUGGCCAGAACGAUAAGCAUAGACUCAGAGCAAGGGCGGUUCGGAGUAGCCAUUGGGCAGGAACCUACGAUAUCGAUUUUGAAGCCUGGGAUAACAGUAUCAUGAAGAAGGAUUCGACGUGCGACAUUUUAUCGUUUGAAUCAGCAGACAAUAGAGUUCAAACAGGUGCCUUAAGCAAAGACUAUCAGGAUACGAAGACAGACAUAGCCUUGGAGAGGACCGUUAAAGAGAACGUUGUAUUUAAGACACCGUUCAGGAACACUCCAAAGGUUGUUGCUUUCAUCCAUAUGUUUGAUGUCUUGAACGAUGACCAGACAGGCACAGCUAUAUGUGUUCAAAUAGACAAACCCAGUACAAAAGGCUUUGAGAUAACUUACGGCGCAGUGUCAUUCGCGAACCACGGAGGAAAAGUUGUCGCCUUGGGUGUCAACUGGCUCGCACACGAGGCAGACGACUAUUCUAUCAGCUCGGGAACACUCGGACUAGAGCAAGCGAGUGGAAGUUAUUCCAAAAGCCAAGCUUUCGCACCACAAUUCGACGUAAAGCCACGUUAUCUGUUUGGAGGCUUCAGCGCUAUUUACACUUGCGAACGUGAGAAGAUGGAUAUUUCGUGUGACUUUGUCAACCAUGACGCGAAGCAAUUCCAGCUUGUUGUCGAUGCGGGUAAGACAAAUCCCAGAUCCAACGACUGGGAGGUCUCGUGGGUGGCUAUUAGGUGA